AUGGCCCUCACUCGCUGCCCACUCCCCCAAAAGCUCAAGCCGACGGAGGCGCACGGCCGUCGCCCACUCGCUGCCGCUGGACGCGGACUCGCCCACAGGCACAGGAACCAAAAACCUCUCACCCCAAACCCUAAGUUCGAACAUCAGAACACAAAAAAAACAAAUCCCAUCGGCACCCCUCAGAUCCACUCGUUGUUCCCUUUCCCGGCGCUCAAACUUGAGGAAUUACAUGUGGGCGUCUCAGCUGUCCUGUUAGUCUGCACCUUUCUCCCAGGAGGCAUCUUGUAUUUGGAGCAGAACUCGUCACCCAGCACUAGGAAGGAAGAGUGGUCGGCUGGGAGAGGGUGUGGUGGCGGCUGGAGCAGGAUGGUGGAGCUGACUUCAGCAUGGAACAAGGGCUGCGGCGAAGGUGGAGGGGGAGUGGUGGCGCAGGCACUGGAAAGGGGAGAGGGUGGCGGCUGGAGGCGCAAGGGAAAGGGGAAGGAUGAAAUCAGACUGGGAUGUCCAGGGUUCCACUUCUUGUAUAGGAAGUUUACUAUAAUAACCUUGAUUUAA